AUGACGCUCUUUACCAUCUUUAUCAACUUACCGCUUUUCAAACACAAAAUAUUUUUGUUUUUAAUCGAGUUGAUUAUCGGAGAAGCUAGCACAGCCCACGUCCAGGGAAGAAUAGCCGGAGGGGCCAGUGGAGUGCCUCUGAUGGCAUCAGGUAAACCAGAGAAACAAGUAUAUACCUGGAAAUGGGAAGAGGAAGUUGUGGGAAUGGGUGUUGUCUUCCUCAGAAAGCCAGGAGCUACUUCGAGCUCGGUUGGGUCUAGGUAUCUUCCGGGGCGUCUGACAAGCAACCGUUCGGGCCCCCUGUCUGCGAUUGGAGAAAUGGAGGUUGUGGCCACACAUGAUUCGAAGAACCCCAUCUCAAAAUUUUGCGGCACGGCAGCGAAUCUGGCGUCGACAGGGAUGAGUGGCUCUCGGGUUUAUCACCGUCUUAGUCCAAACCCACCCCACCAGCAACAUGGAUCGAAGAACCCCCCAUCUCAAAAUUUUGCGGCCCUGCAGACUGCAGUGCCAUCUGCUAUCCAUGGAUUGCUUUCACUACUUUCUCCUCUGAUCCUCGUGGUGACAACGCGAGUUCAUCCGACCCAGAUUUGA